GGGAAGCAUCGAGCGGCAGUUGUUUGUUGAGAGUGUAAGCGAGAGGUUGUAUCAGUUUAUGGAAUUGACAUUGGAACGUAUUUGUAUUUAAAAUUCUUAAUUAAUCGCCCGAUUAAUUACCACCGAGUUGAUUAUUGCUUAAACACUUGUUAUAUUAAUAAACUCGCCAGGUACAGUUAUAAGCGUCAGGAGUUCUAAGUGCGUUUCUUUGAUAAGUGAGUGUGGAUUGCAGUGUAAAAAUCGCUAGGGAAUAUGAGUGGUUUCUGACGUACGAUGUACCCAAGUGCAGGAAUGAACGCAGCAGCAGCGGCAGCUGUUGCGGCCGCUCGACAUCCGGGACCACCGCAACCGGGACAACCGUUUAAGUUUACGGUUGGAGAAUCGUGUGAUAGAAUAAAAGAAGAGUUUAACUUUCUUCAAGCGCAGUAUCAUAAUUUGAAACUGGAAUGUGAGAAAUUAGCCAGCGAAAAAAUAGAAAUUCAAAGGCAUUACGUAAUGUACUACGAAAUGUCAUAUGGACUCAAUGUAGAAAUGCAUAAACAGACUGAAAUUGCCAAGAGACUGAAUGCCAUAAUAGCACAAAUCCUACCUUUUUUAUCGCAAGAACAUCAACAACAAGUAGCAACAGCAGUGGAUCGAGCGAAACAAGUAACCAUGACAGAGCUGAACGCUAUAAUUGGGCAACAAAGGCCGGACCUACCCAGAUUACUGCAGCAAAUGCACGCUCAGCAACUUCCGACACACGCCGCACCGCCAAUACCAAUGAUGCCACACCCAAGCCUUGCUGGGGCACCUCCAAGCUCGGCCGCGAGCUUACUUGGCCUUUCGGGUGCUUUAGGAGCUCCCGGACAACAUCCACUUUCCAUGUUAGCCGCUAAGCCUGAUUUACAUCGGUCAGAUGAUGUAAAAUCAACUAGUGGGAUUAAUUCUGCCGAGGAACGUCAUAGAAAUUCCAUAUCACCUGCCGAAAGAGAAAAGUAUAGAUCCAGAACGUCUCCCGAACCUGACCAUAAAAAAGUAAAAAAGGAAGAAAAGGACAUGGGCCAUCAUAGUGACGGUGAGAAAAGUGAUCAAGACUUAGUUGUUGACGACGCUUCUGAAGAUCCCGUGUCACCUCCAAAUGGAACGGCUUCACCGCGUGAGAACGGUAUUGACAAACUGUCAGCAAAAAAGGAACAUCCAGGCCCUCACAGUCCACGGUCAGGAACAUCAAGUAACGCAUCAACUCCCUCAACAAAAAAACUGGACAGCGACAAACCAAGCACUCCAAUUUCCAAAUCGAUAACCCCAACAUCAGUUCCCUCUGGUUCUUCGGCAAGUGGUAGCGGACUAAAACCAGUUGUCAAACCGCCAACCUUAGGGCAAUACCCCCCAUAUUUAGCUAUGUCGAAUGGUGGACCUCACGAUCUGCAGGCGGCAGCUGCGGCGGCGGCCGCUGCAGCCGGUGGAUAUGGUCCUCUUCAUAACAAUCUCCCACCAGCUUUAAACAAUUAUCCAAGACCUCCACUGCAAGUUGGCUAUGAUCCUCAUUCUCAAAUGAGGGCUCCUGUUGUUCCUGGUCUUGGAGGCAUCCCUGGAGGCAAACCUGCGUACUCAUUUCACGUAAGCGCGGAUGGGCAAAUGCAACCUGUACCAUUUCCACCAGACGCGUUAAUAGGGCCAGGAAUUCCACGCCAUGCGAGGCAAAUUAACACUUUGAGUCAUGGCGAAGUUGUAUGUGCAGUAACAAUCUCGAAUCCAACGAAGUACGUAUAUACUGGAGGAAAGGGGUGUGUAAAAGUUUGGGAUAUUAGUCAGCCGGGUUCGAAAAGCCCAGUUUCUCAGUUAGAUUGUUUGCAAAGAGACAAUUAUAUUCGAUCCGUAAAAUUAUUGCCAGAUGGAAGAACUUUAAUUGUUGGAGGCGAAGCCAGUAAUCUCUCAAUAUGGGAUUUAGCUAGUCCGACGCCGCGAAUUAAAGCUGAAUUAACAUCUAGUGCGCCAGCUUGUUACGCGUUAGCUAUAAGUCCCGACUCGAAAGUAUGCUUUAGUUGUUGUUCAGAUGGAAAUAUCGCAGUAUGGGAUUUGCAUAAUCAAACAUUGGUGCGUCAGUUUCAAGGACAUACAGAUGGCGCAUCGUGUAUUGAUAUAUCCGCGGAAGGUACUAAGUUGUGGACUGGCGGAUUGGACAACACAGUCAGAAGUUGGGAUCUACGAGAGGGGAGGCAAUUACAGCAGCACGAUUUCAGUUCUCAAAUCUUUUCUUUGGGAUUCUGCCCAACUGGAGAAUGGCUGGCAGUCGGUAUGGAGAAUUCAAACGUUGAAGUGUUACAUGCAGCUAAACCCGACAAAUAUCAGUUACAUUUACACGAAAGUUGUGUGCUUAGUUUAAGAUUCGCCGCCUGCGGUAAAUGGUUUGUGUCAACUGGUAAGGACAACUUAUUAAAUGCAUGGAGGACACCAUAUGGUGCAAGUAUAUUCCAGUCUAAAGAAUCUUCAAGUGUUUUAAGUUGCGAUAUUUCCGCCGACGACAAGUACAUUGUCACAGGCUCUGGAGACAAAAAGGCUACUGUAUAUGAAGUUAUUUAUUAAGACACUUUACCUAUAUGUUUGAUAAGUUUAAAUAACAGUAAAUAUGUACAUAAACCAAAAAGCUGUGAUCUCGUUGACACUGACAAUUUGUCUUUUUUAGCUCAUGCAUAGGAAAGUAGCAAUACUUAAAUGUAAAAUAAACUAUGAAAGUUAACAGGA